AUUGACGAGCUCAAAGCCUGCAGUGAAAAGUGCAGGAAAAGAAUUGAAGAAAGUACAAAGAAAUGGCAAGAACUGUUCAAGAAAUUUUUUGAGGAGGGAGUUACUGAGAAGUUCAAAGCCGUUUGUUUAAAGGAAGAAUUAAUGGCAGAGGGUGGAAAGGAGAAAAGGACUGGAGCAGAUGAAGCAGGAAACAGGCGAAGACCAGGACGUCCGCCAGGACCGCCACUGUCCGAGGAAGAAGAGAAGAAAAAGAGGGAGGAGAAAAAUAGAAAAAUAGAAAGGAUGAAGACAUAUGAUGUGAGUAUGUUUGUAUGGAAUAUGUGGUUGGUGUUUGGCUAUGGUGCUGGUUUGAGUGGAAUCUCCAUACUCACACCACCCUGGAGUUUCGAACUUCUCCCCGUUUCUUCUUCAUAUGGUUUUCAAGUCUUUUUGGUUUUUCUAUCUCAUUUCACGGAUGUGGAUUGGCACUAUGGAGCCGUAAUUCCUCCAUAAUUAAUGUCCUAUAUGUCCACUCUGCUUUAAAAUUACAAGCCAAGUGUAGGACGAGGUAGUAAUGUACAAGCUUAAAGGAAGUUCCCAUGACUGGAUGAUGAGCUCUUGAGCUUAGAGCUGAGCUUCCACUGUCCCUCUUACUUGCCGCAAACUUUUUCUCCAGAAACUGCUCUAUGUUUUGUUACGGCCGUGGUGUUUUUGUAUGUUGGUUUGAGAUUUUCUAUAGGUUCUACUGUUUAGUAUCUGUUUAUUUGUGUUGUAAUAAUGGAUGGGUUUAUUUAUCUAUAGUAUAAGAGUUUAUAUGCAGGAAAAAAUGAUGUAAUAUUAAUUAUGUAAUAAGCUAUGUUGUUCUGAAUGACUGAUGUUUACUCGAAUUAUAUUCCUAAAAAAUCCUCAUGUAUUCUGUUUUAAUUGUAACUGCAGUUUCCAUUCAAGGAAUAUGAGGCCUUUUGUGAGGAGCCCGAAAUUGCUGACAUGUUAAAGCCUUCAGGGAAAGGGAAAAACAAGAGCUCAAGGAAGAACCAAAGCAGCUUGAAGAAGAUUUGAUGGUGCGAUUGUCUGUGCCUUACUUCCUUCCGAGUUCUAACCAUGCACCUUUUCGUUUUGGGUUUUAAUAUAAAAGUCCCCUGUUU